AUGCGGAGUGUCAGCGAGGACCGGACUACUCGGUCCUGCCCGCGCGUUUCCCACUUCGUUCUGUUCUCUGCGCCGCCUCUCUCGCAACUCUCCAGUCUCGGCGCGUCUCUGUCUUCUGACUUUUUCGCGUCGGGAAAAACCACAAAGACGUCCACAAAACCCGACUCUCUCCUCCCUUACACCCUAAAAGAGCUCCGCUGCCUUUGUGCCUCAACACGAGAGGGGCCAGGGCGGGGAGAACAACCCCGCGCUGGCGAGCCGGGCGAAAUCAAAGGGGAGGAAGCCGCGUUCCGCGGUCCUUCCGCGGAGACACCGGGGUUUUCGGAGGCCCGGACCUUUGCAACGGACACGUGCGGUUUCUCCCCGCGCGACGCAUGCGCGUUCCGCGACACACAGCGGGUUUCGAGGAAGAGACAUGCGCUGACUCGAUUCUCGGCGGAACAGCCGAAUCAGCCAGAGCAGGCAACAGAGGAGACGCAACGCCGAUUGCGCCGCAGAGUCCCGCCCGAGACCGUCUCGCCUCCUUGGUGGCUCGGAGAAAAGCGGCUCGGCCGCAGCGACGGAGGCGCCAUGGACGCCGCGCGCGCGGCUCCUCGCGACCGCGGGAGAGAAAGGAACCGGAGGACUCGCCGCGUCUCCGCCGCUCCCCUCGCUCGGCCGUCGACUGCGCCCUACACUGAGUCAGGGCCGACUCGCCAGGGAGAAGAGACUCUCCCAGGCACAGGCUACGAGAGCGCCGUCGGGGAACCCGGAGGCGGAGAAGCGCGCCGCGUGGACGGAGAGAGACGACCCACCGAGCGGACGCGGGAAACAGCCUUCGCUGGAGAGGAGAGUGAAGCGGAGCGCGCAGAUCCGCGCGCUUCGUCGACGCAGUCGGAGACACCCGAAGCGACGGAAGAGGACCGAGAGAAGGGUGGGCGGACGGCGACGGGGGACUGGCCAUCCUCGCGAGACGCGCAGGCGACCUGGCGUCUGCAGCCCUGUCGCCUCGCGUCUUCCUCUCCUGUGCUCGCAUGCACGUCCUCGCCAUCUGCCGAGCCGGCUUCCUCGCCGUCUUUCGCGUCGCCGGCCGUUUCCUCCUGGCUCUUCAAUGGAAAUGCGACGAGGUGGGACGAGCAGCGGGCGUUCCGCCACACUCGAAAUCUCUCAGGUAAUCCGGUCGUUUUCGCCUCGCCCUCCGACUCUGACGACGAGAGAGGUUCACGGCCCUCGCAGGCUCUUUCCCUCUCCUCUCUUUCGCCUUCUGAACGAACCGCUGGUGCGUCCAAAUCCGAUGGGGCCCGACUCGCUCGAGCAGUCUCCAGGCCGACAGCAGGACCGCAGCCGUUUGAGGAGUUCAUUCAGGCGUGUUGCUUGCCGUGCUGUUUUCCUCCGCGAAAUCCACCGCCCGCUGCUCCUCAGGCUGCCUCGCUGUCCUGUUGCGUCUGUUCGUCUCUGGUGCCUUCCCCUCCUUCCGCGUCUUCGCGCUUUCCUGUCUCCUCUCCUGUGGCGAGUGCGGGGACGCGUGCCUCGCCCACUUCUUCUCUGGCGCCCAGGGGGAGGAAACGUGAACCGGCUGGCGCCCAGAUCGAAGGCAAAGACAGACGGACGCGAGAGGAGGAGCGAGCGAGCGAAGCUUGUGCAGAGACCCAGGCACAGCCCGUCGGGCUGACGCUUCUGCUCCGCCUCAUUCAGUUCCUUACCGUCAAGGACUUCCUCAAUCUCUCUUCCGUCUCGGUCUCGCUUCGGCGGCUUCUUCUGUCUCGCACGGUCAGCGAAAGAUGCUACUUCCUCUUCCUUCUCCAAGAUUGUCUGCCUUCAGGCUUCCAUUCUCUCCACACUUGCUCGACCUCCCGCUCCUCGUCCACCCCACACGCUCUUUCGGCUUCCUCGUCCGCCCCACAGGCUCUCUCGGCUUCCUCGUCCGCCCCACAGGCUCUCUCGGCUUCCUCGUCCUUGCCUGCUUCUCCGUCUUCGUCUGUGUCUCCAGGACUGCCGCCUCUUUCUCCUCCGUUCCUUGCUCUUGCUCGCGCUUCGACCGCACCUCUCGUUUUCUCCUACAAGGGAAUUCUGCAACAGCGGAUGCGUGCGCAGCGAGCGUGGCUGCUUCCUCGGCCGUUCCUCCACGAAUUUUUUCUCUCGCACCCCGGGCCUUCUCUGCAGGACGCGGACGCGGCCGCAGACGCAGGAAUCGAAAUCCAGAGAUCCGUGUCCGACGAACCCAGCACCCCAGGCAGAGGGAAGACCUGCCGCUCGUCGGCACGUGCUUGGUCGGCCUCAGGUCGUCCGCUCUCCCCCUCAGUUGCCGAGACGCAGUUGACGGCGGUUGCCUUCUCCUGCAGCACUCCGCAGUCGCCGUGUGUUCCACUCGUCGCCGCGACCGACUCCACCAACAGCUGUCUCCUUUCCAAGUUGGGAGGCAGUCUCCAGAUCCCUUCUUCGCGUUCUUCUUUCUUCCACCUGCUGCCUGCUCUCCACUCGUCAGACGCGCCUCCCUCCUCGGGGCGACCCAGCGACGGGGGGUAUUCCCUCGCCGCUUCCUGGUGGACUUCUUCGCUCGAGUUUCUCCCGAGCAGUCCUUACCUCGUGGCGGCUCAGCAGCACUCGGGUGUUUGCGCGUCGCUCUCGGACUCUCUCUCUGCUGUCCACCCCUGUGUGUCGGUAUACGACCUCUCCAGUCCUCUGCAGCACUUGGCCUCGUGCACAGGCGAAGAAGGUGCGCGGCACGCCCAGGAAAGAGCCGCCCGGGAAGAGGAAGGGUACCGAACGCUUCCGGCUCGGAAGACAGUUCGGCUCCAGGCGGCCGACCGCAGAAACGCGAAGGCAUGCGCCUGCACCAGCUGUUGGGUCGUCGACACCGGCCUCGGAGAUGCAUGCGGCGAAGCGACGCCUCCGGCGACUGGAGACAGCGACGCCUCGGAAGAGACAGGAAGGGAUGGUGAAAAAGAAGGCGAGCAGCGUGCGAGAGACCACGCAGUCCGCUCUUCGUGCAGCCACCGCAUGUGGGCUCUCAUGUCUUGCGGGAUGGCGAUCGCUCUCGAUCUCCACCGGUGCGAGGUCGUCUCCCGCCUGUCGCCUGGGUCGCCUUCCAGUGUCUCCGACUCCGGGGCGAAGGCGCGCGGGUGCCGAGUGCUUCCGCUGUCUGCUGCCAGCGGCGUGUUCACCGCACGCGGCGAAGAAGUGGCGGUCGUCGUCGAGUCCAGAGGCGUCUUUUUCUGCGAUUCCCGACUUCCCAACUCCCUACCCUUUGUUCUCUUCUCGCGCGCGCAUGCAGGACGAGAGGGCGGCGCAGCGGCGCAAACUCUGCGAGAAGACAGGCCGAUAGCGGCCGCUUGCACAGGUCAGGCGAGGCAGAACUCGCUGUCUGAUGACACUGCCGUGUCGAGGUCCGGGGAAAGACUGAGUUAG